AUGUCAGAGAGGGAAGCAGACAAGGCCGCCUGUAAGAAUGGAGUGGAAGCAGAAGGCAGCACUGGAAAUAAGAAUGUGGAGGAAGUUGAAAAAGGCCAUGCCCAGGGACAAGAAGACGCCAUUUAUUCAGCCUUCAAGCCCGGAACCAAGAUUUUCAUAUUGGUGAUGGCCACAUUUUCGUCACUAUUCUCCCCGCUGUCCACGACAGUGUACCUACCGGCUCUGACUCCCCUUUCAGCCGAUCUAAAGGUCUCGACUAACCUUAUCAACUUGACGCUGACCACGUACAUGGUCUUCCAGGCCCUCUCCCCCACGUUCUUUGGGGACUUUGCGGACACAAGCGGGCGGAGACCAGCAUACAUUACCACUUUUGCAGUUUACCUUGCAGCCAACAUUGGCCUGGCGCUGCAGAACAGCUACCCGGCACUGUUGGUUCUACGGUGCUUGCAGAGCGCGGGAAGUAGCGCAACCAUCGCAAUCACAAUGGGCGUGAUGGCGGACAUUGCAACUGUCUCCGAGAGAGGGAAGUAUGUGGGCAUGGUGUUGACGGGCACUCUGGCUGGCCCAGCACUGGGCCCGGUAUUGGGUGGUGUAUUUGUGCAAUACCUUGGAUGGCGAUCAACUUUCUGGUUUCUGGUGAUUGGAGCCGGAGUGUUUCUGGUGCCGUAUAUGCUUUUUGUACCGGAAACAUGCCGGAAUGUGGUUGGUGACGGCUCUGUGCAACCGCCAUGGUGGUGGAGCCGCACCCUGAUGGAUAUAUGGAAAGGUAAAAGAAAGGCCUAUCCAAGCACGGCAGAGUGGGAAGCAUCUCUCGCAGCCCAAGGGAUCAAGAGGAGGAAUUCGAACUUUCCUAACCCGCUGCAGUGCGCAAAAUUAGCUCUGGAAAAGGAUAUCGGACUGCUUUUGGGAGUCACCGCAGUGCUGUAUGGGACAUUUUAUAUCAUGCUGGGUUCAGUCCCAUCCAUCUUCAAGGAGAUAUAUGGCUUCAACGAGUUCCAAGUCGGACUCUGCUUCCUGCCGAGCGCCGCUGGGGGAAUAGCAUCAAGCUUCAGCAUUGGCCACCUCCUCGACUGGAAGUUCCAGCGCAUCGCUACCAGCCUUGGCCUGCCAGUGGACCGCAAACGUGCCCAAAGCCUGAAGCAGUUCCCCAUCGAACGGGCCCGGAUCUCACUGAUGCUCCCGUUCCUAUACGCUGGCAUGGCCGCGAUGGUCGGGUACGGUUGGGCUCUUGAGCAGAAGGCGAUGCUUGCUGGACCACUGAUACUGCAGUUCGUGACGGGCUUCUGCAUCGGUAGCUCCUUUACGGCGCUGAGCACGCUGCUGGUGGACCUGUACCCGUUCAACCCGUCAGCGGUGACAGCAGCAAGCAACCUGAUCCGCUGUCUGGUGGGCGCUGGAGCAACGGCAUCGUUCAACCCGCUAAUUGAGCGGAUCGGAAUUGGCUGGUGCUUUACGGUGUGGUGUCUGUUGACUGUGGGGGUGUCCCCAGGUCUCUGGGUAGUGAUCCGAUGGGGCCCAGCAUGGAGGGAGCGGCGGCGGCAGCGGCAGACAUCAUCUCUCUAA